CGGAAGGGGCGGCCGCGUCUCCCGGGUGACGGGGCCGAGAUGGCGGCGCGCGAGGCGGCGGAGCGGCGCGGGCCCGGCUCUGGAUGAGGGGCGGCCGGAGGCUGCGGGAGCGGCCGCCUCGGCCCCUGGAGCCCCGCGACCCCCGGCGAGGCCUCCCCCCCGGGGCAGGACAGUAUUGGAGCAGCCUAAUGAUCCACCUUCCUGACUCUUCCUAACUUAAAGCCUGGAAUAUAAAAAGUGAUUUAAAUGCCAUAGCAUAUUUGAAAUCAAGCUGUCCUUCCAUGGAAUACUCAUGGCCUGAGGAAAAUGUCACAGGGCUGCCUUCUCUUCUCAUCAGGAGGAGGGGUUUCUUACCAUGGCCAUAACACAGUUCCGACUCUUUAAAGUCUGUACUUGCCUGGCAGCAGUGCUUUCUUUCAUUAAAAAAUUAAUAUGCAGGUCUGGAAGAGGGCGAAAGUUAAGUGGAGACCAAAUAACUUUGCCAACCACAGUGGAUUAUUCAUCUGUUCCUAAGCAGCCUGAAGUAGAAGACUGGUCUUCAUGGGAUGAAGAUGCACCUACAAGUGUGAAGAUUGAAGGUGGCAAUGGUAAUGUGGCUGCUCAGCAAAAUUCUUUGGAACAAAUAGAACCUGAUUAUUUCAAAGAUAUGACACCAACUAUAAGAAAAACUCAAAAAAUAGUUAUUAAAAAACGAGAGCCUUUAAAUUUCGGGAUUCCAGAGGGAAACACAGGAUUUUCUAGCAGAUUAGCAGCUACACAAGAUAUUCCUUUUAUUCACCAGUCUCCUGAACUGGGAGACCUGGACACUUGGCAAGAAAAUACAAAUGCCUGGGAAGAAGAAGAAGAUGCUGCUUGGCAGGCGGAAGAAGUUCUUAGACAACAGAAGUUAGCAGAAAGGGAAAAAAGAGCAGCAGAACAACAGCGAAAGAAAAUGGAGAAAGAGGCACAAAGGUUAAUGAAAAAGGAACAAAACAAAAUUGGUGUAAAACUGUCCUAACAGAAACCAUGCAGCAAUGACAGUGAAAAGAGAAUUUCAGCUCUACAAUAUACAUAUUGGUAUUGAUUUAACUAUUUGUGGGACUUCAACACACUGCUUGGUUUCAAUGCAUUCUUCAGGUCAUCUUGGAAGCCAGGAUUUUCCCAAACUAUCUUGAACUACUAGUAUGUAGUUCUUAAAGGAGAAAAGUCCCACAGAAGAUCAUGCCUUGAUGGAAUGUUUCCCGCAAUAGUUCUUUUCCAGCACCCUUCUUCGCAGCAAAAGUGAUUGACAAGGAUGUUGAUUGGAAAACACUCUUAAUGAACAGCUCAAGCCUAGAGAAAAGAAUGUAAAUAUUGAGUGGUGGGAAAUCUACCUGUAUUGUCUGUGCUUACCUGAAACAUGUAAUUAAACAGUUUUAAAGAA